AACGGGGAUGGCGAUCAUGCCAAGCCAGCGCCCGUCACAACUACAGAUGUUCUCAUUGUUGGUGCUGGCCCUGCUGGUGCCUCUCUAGCAUGUUUUAUGGCAUACUAUGGUAUCCGAGGGAUCAUGGUCAGCUCUUGUUCCACUAAUGCCGAUACUCCUAGAGCGCACAUCACCAAUAUGGCGGCCAUGGAAUGUCUUCGAGACAUUGGUCUAGACAUCGAGUGCAACCGUCUAGCAACCAAUGGAAGAAACAUGAUGCACACCCGUUGGGCAUACAGCAUGGCAGGGGAAGAAUACGCAAGGAUUCACUCCUGGGGGCACGACCCAAAGCGUAAAGGUGACUAUGAAACAGCCAGUCCUUGUGACCCCGUCGAUCUCCCACAGACUCUCCUCGAGCCGAUUCUUGUUCGAUAUGCCACACUGAAUGGUUUCAGCAGUCGCUUUGACACCAACUUUAUCGAUUUCGUCCAAGACAACAAGGGAACUACAUCAACACUCCGCGAUAACCUCACCGGAACCAAAUACAAAAUCCGUUCGAAAUACUUAUUCGGCGCAGAUGGAGCUCGAGGCGAAGUCUUCCGUCAACUUGACCUUCCACUGGACGUGCGACCCGAUCAGGGCCUUGCUUUUAAUGUUCACCUGAAGGCAGAUCUCUCGGGCUAUAUGCAGUAUAGGACGGGCAAUUUACACUGGCUUCUACAGCCCGACAGAGAGCAUCCGCUUUUCGGAUGGGCGUGCAUUGCGCGAAUGGUUAAACCGUGGGAUGAGUGGCUUUUCAUCGUUCUUCCAGAGCGUGGAGAAGAGCUUGAGAUUAAUCCGACUAAUGAGGAGUGGCUUGGUCGUAUGAAAGAGUUUAUUGGAGAUGAUACCAUCCAUACGGAGAUCUUGGGUAUUUCAAAAUGGCGCAUCAAUGACGUCGUUGCGCAAAGAUUCUCGAAGGGCAGAGUAUUCUGUCUUGGUGAUGCGGUGCACCGACACCCGCCAUCGAAUGGUCUCGGUUCCAAUACUUGUAUACAAGAUGCGUACAACCUGGCUUGGAAGGUUGCAUAUGUUUUGAAUGGCCAAGCAUCUCACUCACUGCUCGAGUCAUACUCAGCUGAACGUCAGCCUGUCGGUCGUGGAGUGGUCACUCGUGCCAACGAGUCAUUCCGACACCAUGGUCCCGUCUGGGAAGCGCUUGGGGUUGCACUUCCCACUCUAGAAGAAAGGACAAAGGCGCUUCACGAAUUGACCCUGCCCACCCAAGAGGGUCGAGCCCGUCGCGCUGCCCUUCAGGCUUCCAUCGAGAUGACUGAACAUGAGUACCACGCUCUGGGUACAGAGAUGGGCCAAUUUUACCAGAGCUCUGCUGUAUACACUUCGGAUGAGAUGGCCCCAUUCUACACCCGCGAAGUAGUUGCUAAAGAUCAAGAUCUAAGCCUCAUUCGAAGCACAUACCCCGGAUGCCGCUUGCCUCACGUCUGGCUGAACAUCGCCACUCCAGUGCGGCGCAUUUCUACCAUUGACUUGGCUGGAAAGGGUUCAUUCGUGCUACUUACUGGUAUUGGAGGCGAGGCUUGGAAGGCAGCUACCUCAGCUGUCUCCAAGGAGCUUGGUGUUCAAGUCAAAGCUUACUCUGUCGGUUUCCGCCAGGACUAUGAGGAUGUUUACUUUGAUUGGGCGCGUGUUCGCGGGGUUGAUGAGACGGGAUGUAUUCUGGUCCGACCUGAUAACUUUGUGGCUUGGAGAUGCAAUACUGUGCUCGGGGACGAGAGUCAGACUACGAAAAAGCUACGCGUAGUCAUGCAGAGCAUUCUUGGCAAAUUAAGAUAG